AUGAGACUAUAUCUCAUUCGCCACGCCGAAACAAUCCAUAAUCUUCAAGCGCUGAUUCAAGAGAGAUGUAGGGCUGGAACGACCAACUCAGCACUGACGAACCACGGAGUACUGCAGAUAGAAUCCCUGGCCCGGCAUUUCGUCGCUCAGUCGGUUAAUUUCAGCGCGGUGUUUGCAUCCGAUCUGUGCAGAGCACGUCUGACAGCAGAAGGCAUCUGUCGUCUGCAAGCCGCACAAUCGUCGGUGACGCCCGUCCUGACUCGGGAUCUGCGAGAAAGAGACUUCGGGUCGUUGGAGGGAAUGUCCUGGAACUCUUCUCAUGCUUUGAGCGGCUCUGCAUCAUCAUCAGCAGCAGCAGCAGCAACCCAUACCGAAUUCGAGUCUCACAUCUCAAUGACACAGAGAGCCAAUUCCUUUCUCGGCGAUCAUCUCCUUCCACUUCUUCUUGACGAGCAAAACCCGAAUCAUGAACAGAACGUGGCCAUCGUAGCACAUGGACUCAUCCUGCGCGUGUUGUGGAACCGUCUCGCUGGACUAUUCGAUCCCAGGGAAGUCCAUAUCGCACCGGGUACAGCCUUGCGCCAUGGUGGCGAGAUGGCUGUGAAACCUGUCUGGUCAAAUACGGGGUUCAUGACGGUUCAUAUUCAGCGCAGUAUGAUGACGCCGGGGGUCGCGACGCCAGCACUAUCAUCGUUCGACUUACACCAGCCACGGAGGUCUGGAAACAACAGUGUUGAAGAUGUGACUCUACCAGCAACUCUCGAGAAUGCAGUUCCAGGAAGCUCUGUCUCAGAAGGGGCUCUCUUGCAAGGCUGGGGAAUGACUGUCGUAGCUGUGGACAGCAAGACGCAUCUUAGCGGUCUGCACCGAACGCGUGGUGGAAUCGGAAGCUCUGCGCAUGAUUCGCGUCAGAAAAGAAUCGACCAGUUUUUCAAAUAA